GAAAUGGGACUGCAAGCCAAAACGAAACUGGUAUCGAGAUCCACACUUACCGACGUUUGUUACUCUUCCCGUCUCUUCACUCCUCGCGUUCUUGACCUUCAUCUGCUGCUCGUCCCUUCCUUCGCUGUCUCCGAGAUUCGUCAUCCGCCGCCCGUCGAACUCGAUUUAAACUGCCCCCUGCAUCCGCUGCCUUGCUUCCAAUUUGCAUGGUUUGCCGCCACCAGAAAUUCGGAGGAACAGCUUUCUCCCAGAGCUUCCGCCUUCUGACAAGCAGUAAUGAUGCUCAUUGUCAAUGACCUGAACUAGUUUCACUAAUGUUUGAAGUUCCUUUAGCUUCUGGUAGUAGUCCUCAUCUUCGUCGUGCUGGUAGUAGACCUACUUUUACAGAUCAAGAGGUAGAUGAGAUGAAGGGUCCAAGCAUAGCAGCCUCUAGUGUUGCAAUGAUGCCAUCGCCAAUUUUUUUGUGGAGAUUCAAGGUUGUAUUAUUUCUAUUGUGGGGCAUCACAUGUUGCAAGAUAGGCUGGGACUCUGUAAUGCGAAUGAAUGCAGAUAAAAGAGAUUUGUUUCUUUAUGAGGCCUUUUUAUAUUUUAAUCCGCUUCUUCUUGUGACUUUGAUGGUUUGGCUAUGGGGAGUGAAUCUAUGGGUUUUUUCUCAAUCAUCUAUUAACUAUGCAAAAGUAUUUGAUCUUGAUCACGCCCAUCUCACACAUUGGGAAAUAUGGAAGUGUGCAAUCUGGAUGACCAUUGUUGUUCCUACAAGUAUGUCAGCUUAUCUUUAUCUGUACUCACAUGGGGAAGUAUCACUGGCUGCAUCACAACCUGUUAUUCUGUAUUCAGUCAUUCUAAUGGUUCUCAUAUUUCCAUUUGAAAUUUUUUACUUGCCAUCGCGCUAUUACUUGUUGAGGACUGUAUGGCGUAUCAUAUUACCAUUACAGGCAAUCACAUUUUCUGAUUUCUUUGUGGCAGAUAUCAUGACAUCAAUGUCAAAGGUAUUCUCUGAUUUGGAGCGCUCAGUGUGUCGGAUGGUGAAUAGGCAGGUUGCAACAAUAGCAUGGUUUGAAGCAGAUUCUGUAUGUGGAAGCCACUCUGUUGCAAUUCCUAUAGUGCUCGUCUUUCCAUAUCUGUGCCGUUUUUUCCAAUGCUUGCGUCAAUAUAAGGAUACUAAAGAAAGAACUUGCCUUUUUAAUGCAUUAAAAUAUGCAACUGCAGUCCCCGUGAUUUUCCUUUCUGCUCUGAAGUAUCAUGUCUUCCCUGACAGUUGGAUCAAUUUUUACCGGCCACUUUGGCUUGUUUCUAGUGUCAUGAACUCAUUAUACUCAUUUUAUUGGGAUGUGACUCGGGAUUGGGACUUAAGUGUAUUUACUCGAAUUUUCAAGUUUAAAAAUCCACAUAUUUGCACAGAUGUUCUGUAUGGGCGAAUAUGGGUCUAUUAUUGGGUGAUAGGAAGCAACCUAAUACUUCGAUGCACCUGGACCUACAAACUCUCAGCUCAUCUUCGGCACAACUAUUUGACAGUUUUUACGAUUACUGCAUUGGAAAUAAUGCGGCGUUUCCAGUGGAUUUUCUUUCGUGCGGAGAAUGAAUGGAACAAGAUGACAAGCAAGGCAAGCUUGGAACUUUCUGCAAUGGAUAUCCCUAUGGAGGAAGAUCGACUACUUGGUUCUGCCAGCCAUAAUGGAUAAGAGGAUUGUGGUUCAGUAACUGAGUAAUUGUAUAUGGCCGCAUGAAAUUACCAGCCAUUGCCAUUCUUCGUUUCUGGCAAGUCAUUUUUUGUUACAAGAACCCAGAGGGUUACACACCACAGUUAUGAACUCGGGAAGUUCCCAGUUAAUAUAGAUAAUAUUUACAGCAUUCUUUCAACACAUCACAGAUGUAUCUAACAUUGUUUUCUUUCCUUAAUUGUAUUGGGGCUGCAUUUAAAA